CCUAAUUCCUGAACACCAAGAGAGCGAGAGAGAGGAAACCCGCCCUCUCCCUCCUCCGGAUGUGGUUGAGCCGCCUGAAGGAGACGCUCCGCCCCUGCUCCAACGUUUCGUCCUCCACCGCCACCGCCACCGCCACCGCCACCGCCACCGCUUCUUCUUCUCCUUCCAAUUCGGAUCCCUCAUCCCAGGCCCCUCUUACUUUGAGGAAGCCCCCAAAGUCCUCCCUGUCCCAACAACUCCAGCGCCUCGAAUUCCCCUCCGCCGAACGCCCGCUUUUGCGAGACGUCGUCCAAGAAAAAGAAACCAGAAAAAGAGGAGGAGGAGGAGAGGAGGAGGAAGAUGGGGAUGGAGAGAGCUCCCCUCUCCCCGCUCUCUUUAAUCGAGAGACGCUUCUUCCCCAGCCUUUCACUUCGGAGGUCAGAGGGCCCUACGAGCCUCUGGUCCUCUCCGCUUCCGGCGAAACCCCCGUCAUUCAGGUUCCUGCAUCCAUCAGUUGUAGACUUCUUGAACAUCAAAAAGAUGGCGUGAGGUUUCUAUAUAGUCUGUACAAGAACAACCAUGGUGGUGUACUUGGAGAUGAUAUGGGUUUGGGGAAAACCAUCCAGGCUAUUGCUUUUCUGGCUGCUGUGCUUGGAAAGGAUGCUGAACAUGGGGACCGUCAGUUGGACAAGAAGGAUCAUAUGAUCAAGAAGGGACCUGUACUGAUUGUCUGUCCCACUUCUGUUAUUCAAAACUGGGAAAAUGAGUUUUCUGAGUGGGGAGACUUUAGUGUUGUUGUUUAUCAUGGACCUAAUCGUGAAUUGAUUCUUGAGAAACUUGAAACUCGAGGAGCUGAGAUACUUAUAACUAGUUUUGACACUUUCAGAAUUCAUGAUAAAACUUUGUCUGAGAUUCCCUGGGACAUUGUCAUUGUUGAUGAAGCGCACCGUCUGAAGAAUGAAAAGUCUCAAUUAUAUAAAGCAUGCUUAGGAAUAAAAACCAGAAAAAGGCUUGGUCUUACUGGAACCAUAAUGCAGAACAAGAUUUUGGAGUUAUUUAAUCUGUUUGAUUGGGUUGCACCCGGGUCCUUGGGAACUCGGGAACAUUUUCGAGAUUUCUAUGAUGAACCCUUAAAGCAUGGUCAGAGGUUAAGUGCUCCUGAAAAGUUUGUUCAAGUUGCUGAUGAGCGCAAGCAGCAUCUUGUUGCAGUUUUGCGGAAAUAUUUGUUAAGGAGGACCAAGGAGGAGACUAUUGGGCAUCUUAUGCUAGGGAAAGAAGAUAAUGUGGUUUUUUGUGCAAUGAGUGAGUUGCAAAAGCGUGUUUACAAGAGGAUGCUGGAACAGCCUGAUUUCCAAUGUCUCAUAAACAAGGAUCUUCCUUGUAGCUGUGGGAGUCCUUUAACUCAGGUUGAAUGCUGCAAGAGGAUAGUACCUAAUGGUAUUAUUUGGUCUUAUCUUCACAGGGACAACCUUGAGGGCUGCGACUCAUGCCCUUUCUGCCUUGUUCUUCCUUGUCUCAUUAAACUUCAGCAGAUCAGUAAUCAUCUGGAGCUUAUAAAGCCUAACCCUAAGGAUGAGGUGGAGAAACAGAAGAAGGAUUCUGAGCUAGCAUCUGCUGUGUUUGGUGCUGAUGUCGACUUGGUUGGUGGUAGUGCACAAAUUGAAAAUUUUAUGGGGCUUAGUGAUGUAGAACAUUGUGGGAAAAUGCGAGCAUUGGAGAAGCUAUUAUUGUCAUGGACUUCUCAUGGUGACAAGAUUCUUCUGUUCAGCUACUCUGUCAGGAUGCUGGACAUACUGGAGAAGUUUCUUAUACGAAGAGGCUAUUGCUUUUCCAGACUUGAUGGUUCAACUCCAAUGAGCUUACGCCAGUCACUUGUUGAUGAAUUUAAUAGAAGUCCAAGUAAACAGGUAUUUCUUAUAUCUACAAGGGCUGGUGGUCUAGGUCUGAAUCUGGUCAGUGCUAAUCGUGUGGUAAUCUUUGACCCAAAUUGGAAUCCUGCGCAAGACUUGCAGGCACAGGAUAGGUCAUUUCGUUAUGGCCAGAAGCGCCAUGUUGUAGUAUUUCGUCUUCUUGCAGCUGGUUCACUUGAAGAACUUGUAUAUUCUCGCCAAGUAUAUAAACAGCAGCUUUCAAAUAUAGCUGUUUCAGGGAAAAUGGAGAAGCGCUAUUUUGAAGGUGUGCAGGACUGCAAGGAAUUUCAGGGUGAACUAUUUGGAAUCUGCAAUCUGUUCAGUGACCUUUCUGAUAAGCUUUUUACGAGUGAGAUCAUUGAAAUGCAUGAGAAACAAGGAAAGGAUCCUACAACUCAGACCAAUCUAAACAGUCCAAAGAUUAAUGAUGAUUCUUCUUUUGAGGGAGUGGACGAAGUACCAGUCUCAGGCAAGUUUUCGGAGGCUGCAAGUCAUGUGCAAAACAUAACAAAGCUUGAUGACCUGGGCAUAUUAUAUGUUCAUCGUAACGGAGAUGUUGUCAACAUGGGGCCGGAACUUCAAGGAAAAAAUGAUGCGGCAAUUACACACAAAAACAAUACCAUGAAGACUUUAAUCAAUAAGACAGAUAAAUGCUCGGUCACAAGAGAUAUCUCCAAGAAUGGAAAACCUGCUUCCAGGGAGCAGAAAAGAAAGGAAUUUAGAUGCAUUGCCCAGUAUAUGGGUAUGGAGGAGCUUGAAUUUAGCAAGUGGCUGCUAUCUGCAUCACAUUGGGAGCGGAAUGAAAUGCUACAGAACUACAAGAAGAAGAAGAAACGGUGAGUGCUGAAAGACGGGAAAUCUAUGCAAAUACCGGGCAGGGCCUUUGUUAAUAAUAGAUAGUUCUUUCUUUUUGUCAAGAAAUGAAUAAAUAUUGGUCCUGGCCAUGUACAGUAAAUCGGCGUAUGCCUUGGGUCUUCUUGAUAGGUUUUUCAACAGGAUCCUGCAUUCUCGUCGAGGAAAAGAGAGGUCUUGCAACAUGGAACAUCUUGUUCCUUCCCUGCUUAUUGCUUUGUAUUAUGUGUUCUCUGUAGAUGUAGUUGGUUUUUUCAUCUCCUUAUAGAUUAGUUAAACCAUAUUCUUUGCUGUAGAACAGAUUACUGUGAUCUCGUAUAAGCUCUCUGAUUACAGAUCUUCCACUCAUUUUGUGAGAAAA